GUCCACAUAAACAUACCACCUUUCUAUGCAUGACACACGCACACGCCUCUUUAUAUAUAUAACACACGCACACGAAUCUUUAAGGCUCACAUAUCAAAACUCUAUCUUCUCCCUCAGAUCUUCACGGAAAAACCACAAAUCUCAUUCUAGCUUCCAAGUCGGUUAUUUAGUUCUCUUCUUCAACACCCGUUUAGUUCGCUCUUUAUGUCUACUACGAUGAAGACACCGGUUUGCAGCUCUGGUUCUGGUAAUCAGCGGCAGCCCAGUCGCUUACAAAAGCGACCUCCGGCGUUAAAGAUAGUUCCUGCUCCGGCGAAUAACUGGAAAACGGCUAUUCCUCUCCUCUCGCCGCUAGCUCUUUCCCCAGACUCACCUGUCUACCAACCGUCGGUUGAGAAUCCGACGAAAGCUGCUGCGGUUGUGCCUGCGGUAGAGAAAACGCCGGUUUUCAAGACGUGGCAGCAUCCUGCGGCGCCGUUUUGUUACGAGACAUCAUCGACGUUUGUUCCACCGUUUGUACCUGUUUAGUUUUAGAUCCAAAGGUUCAAAAAAGUACAGUUUCUUUUGGUCUUGUGUAGAUCUAAUGGCCCACAUUUACGCGCUGUGGUUGGAACAACGCUAUUUUAGUAAUAGAUAAAUAAAUUAAAAGAAAUAUUAAGUAACAUGCGUCUGCUUAUCGGCAUGGUGCAACUGCAAAACGCAUAGAUAAGUUGGUCAAACGCAUAGAAAAGUCUUAUCCGUUCGUUUCCUUCUGCAAUAAUAGACUGUCUAAUUUAAUUA